ACAACAAACACACAACAGUAACAAUGGGCAGAAAAAAGAUUCAAAUAUCCCGCAUAACAGAUGAAAGGAACCGACAGGUUACCUUUAACAAACGCAAAUUUGGCGUCAUGAAAAAGGCCUACGAAUUAUCGGUAUUAUGCGAUUGCGAAAUAGCAUUGAUCAUCUUCUCAUCGAGCAAUAAACUCUAUCAAUAUGCCAGCACAGAUAUGGACAAAGUCCUACUCAAAUACACAGAAUACAAUGAACCACAUGAAUCGCUAACCAAUAAAAACAUAAUCGAGAUUCUCUCUUCUCCAUUUCAGAAGGAGAACAAAAAUGGUGUCAUGUCACCCGAUUCACCCGAACAGGAAGCCGAUUACACCCUAACGCCACGUACCGAAGCCAAAUACAAUAAAAUCGAUGAGGAAUUUCAAUUGGUGAUGAAUCGCAAUCAUAUGGCGGGCGGUACAACAUCCGGCCGGAAUAUGUCAAAUACCAAUUAUAUGCUACCCGUAUCAGUGCCAGUUGCUGGGGCCUAUGGUGAUAAUAUGCUACAGACAAGUCCACAAAUGUCCCACACAAAUAUUAGUCCACGACCAUCGAGUUCGGAAACGGAUUCAGGUGGGAUGUCAUUGAUAAUAUAUCCAUCUGGUUCUAUGUUGGAGAUGUCUAAUGGUUAUCCUCAUUCACAUUCGCCGCUUGUUGGUUCUCCCAGUCCGGGGCCAAGUCCUGGCAUAGCUCAUCAAUUAACACAUAAACAACAAUCGCCAGGCAGUCAAAAUGGACGAUCUUCCAAUUUGCGAGUAGUUAUACCGACACCCACAAUUGCUCAAAAUAUGUCCAGUGCUGCCGAUGAAUUAAAUUAUAAUGAUCGCCACAAUCAAUCAACAUUAAAUACUCCCGUUAUGACAUCCAUAACUGCGCUGCAGGGCUAUCCAUUUGUACCGCAAGACUUUUCCAUGAACACCCCGGAUGUGAUGAGUUUACCCACCUGGAGUACACAUCAGGGUUUGGUACAUCAAACGGGGCUCUCCCAUCUAAGUGUUUCCAAUAGUACACCACCACCCGCCACAUCACCCGUCAGCAUCAAAGUCAAAUCCGAGCCUCAAUCUCCUCCACGUGAUCUCUCCGGUGGCCAUCAGCACAGUAGCAAUGGUUCUACAAAUACCACCAAUGGCGGCGGCGGCGGCAAUGGUGGUGGGGGCAAUGGCGGUCCGGGCUCUUCUUCUAGUCACUCCAAUAUCAAUGCCAAUAAUUUAAAUAACUCCUUAUCGAUUAAUACCGGCGGCCUAAGUCUCAACAGUGGAGCUGGAGUUAUAGCUGGUUCUAGUCCUUUAGGCGCUGGUAGUGGCGGCGGUGGCAAUGGUGGAGGUGGUGGCGGCAUCGCCGGCAGUGGUAAUGCAUCAAAUUCUUCCUCAACGUCCAAUGGCUCGGCAAAUGAUCAGGCAACAAAUUUAAGCGUUUUAAAUCAUAGCCAACAACAGCAUUUGGUCAUGGCUGGUUCAAGACCAUCAUCGACGGGUCAUUUAACACCGACACCGGGCCUAGAUAAAUACGAAGGUUAUACAUAUCGGUCACAACUGGGUCAGAAUCCUAGAAUAUGGAAUUUUGGUUCUGUGACGCCGAGCAAUAUACCAUCGCCGGAUAUGCGCCAGCAGCAGCAGCAACAACAACAGCAACACCAGCAGCAGCAACAACAGCAUUUGAAUGAUUACGAUGGGCCAAAUCAGGCGCAUAAGCGGCCCAGAAUAUCCGGCGGUUGGACAACAUAGCCAAAUGGAAAUCAUAGCAACAACAACAACAGUAA